CAGGCAGAUGGCAGCGUUUGAUGGUGGCUGGGCCUGACUGAGACUCCUGGGUGUUGAAACGUUUUCAGAAAGAGCAGAAAGUCCUGCUGCCUGUUUGCUGUUUUCAGAAAAUUGCUGCAGGACAGAGACAGAUGCAGGAUGUGGACCGUGUGAUCUGAGCAAUGCCACAGUCUGAAGGAAGAGUAAAGUUUCUCAAGCAAUUAAAGACCAAGUUAGAGGUGGAGCAGCAGAAGCCAUGAGGUGGCUGUGAGUGGACCUAAAGCAGCCUCGCCUUAAACCAACAGUCCUGAAACAUGAAAACAGAAGAUAGAAGCGUAGAGAAUGUUAAACUAAACUAGUGUUGCUUCAUGUUUACCAGAACCAGGUGGAACCCUGAUCCAGCCAGACAACAGAUUUACCCUGGAACUGAGCGGGUCCAGACCACACCACUCACUUUGAGAUCAACAAAUUUCUCCUAAAGAACCUUUUCUGGAUAGACAUGAUCAAAUAUUGCCCCUAAAGAUCUCUGCUGCUCCUCAGAAGAACUUCAUGGUCCUGUUCUGUACAGUCGGAACCGGUUCUGCUGACUUCAUGUUGUGGUUCUGAGCAGAUCUGAGGACCUGGCUGCAGCGUGAGCGGGCCAGCAGGGGGCGCUCUUCCCACAUAGUCUGCUCUGCAUGAACAGCAUCAUGAAUUAUUUUUCAUGUGUGCCUCUGAUGUUGACUGAAGCUGGCAUGAAGCAGACGACCAGCUGAGGAUCGAUGGAGACGCAGGAUCACAGAGGAGCUCCGUGACGGCUUUCAGCAUUCAGGUUCUGCUGAUCUUCCUCUUCUCAGAGAGGAGGAGGAAGAGGAGGAGGGUCUGCAGCUGCUCUUCGCUCUCAGAUCCAACACAGCAGAGGAACGCAGCAGAAUCAGCCUAGAUGUUCCUGCAGUCCAGAGGUGGAACAUCUGGUUCUCCUGAAGACUCUGUCAGCGUAACUUCUCAGGAGGUCACAGCUCCUGGUUAGCCAGACUCAGAUCUGGACCUGCUGAGGGUUCUCAGGAAGCCGGGACGCCCCCAGCAGAGAUCUUUGUCAGAUUCUGGAGCAGAUCCCAUCGCUCCAGAGGGAAGACCACCUGAAGCAGCUUCUUUUUGAAAGCGAGGAUGAAGUUUGGCAGCCGGCUCUGCACGCUGAACGUGGGGGGCCGCAGGUUCUCCUUGCCAGCAGAGCUGAUGAAGCGCCUUCCUCUCAGCCGCCUGAGUCGGCUGCACGGCUGCGGCUCAGAGCGGGAGCUGCUGGAGCUCUGCGACGACUACGACCGCGAGAGAAACGAGUUCUUCUUCGACCGCCACUCGGAGGCCUUCAGCUUCAUCAUGCUGUACGUCCAGCACGGCAAGCUGCGCUUCCUGCCACACAUGUGUGAGCUCUCCUUCUACAACGAGAUGUUGUACUGGGGCCUGGAGAGCUCCGACCUGCAGCCCUGCUGCCAGCGCCGCCUGGACGACCGCCUGUCCGACUGCUUCGUCCACUUCUUCCCCGAGGAGGAGCGGCGAGGCCUGGAGCAGCGCCGGAGCCGCUGGCUGGAGGUGCUGAGGAGGACCUUUGAGGAGCCCGCCUCCUCCCUGCUGGCCCAGGUCCUGGCCUCUGUGUCCGUCCUCUUUGUGGCCAUCUCCAUCGGAAUGCUGUGUGCCAGCACCUUACCGGACUGGAAGGCCGCAGGGAGCCUGGACCAGCACAGGACCAUAGAGGCAGUCUGCAUCGGUUGGUUCACCGCUGAGUGUCUGGUCCGCUUCCUGGUGUCCCAGGAUAAAUGUGAGUUUGUCCGCCGUCCGCUGAACAUCAUCGACCUGCUGGCCAUCCUGCCCUACUACGUCUCUGUUACGGUGACGAUGAUGACGGGCGAGAACUCGCAGCUGCAGCGGGCCGGGGUCAUGCUGCGCGUCCUGCGGAUGAUGCGGAUCUUCUGGGUGAUAAAGCUGGCCCGUCACUUCCUGGGCCUCCAGACGCUGGGCCUCACGCUGCGCCGCUGCUACCGUGAGAUGGUCAUGCUUCUCGUCUUCAUCUGCGUGGCCAUGGCGAUCUUCAGCGCCUUGGCCCAGCUGCUGGAGCACGGUCUGGACCUGGAAGCCGGAAACCAGGACUACGCCAGCAUCCCGGCAGCCUGCUGGUGGGUGGUCAUCUCCAUGACGACGGUGGGAUACGGGGACAUGUACCCGGUGACGGUGGCGGGCAGGAUUCUGGGCGGGCUGUGUGUGGUGAGCGGCAUCGUGCUUCUAGCGCUGCCCAUCACCUUCAUCUACCACAGCUUCGUCCAGUGUUACCACGAGCUGCAGGUGCGCUCCACCCGCUGCAACCACAGGCUGUCAGAAGAACUCGCCAACUGACGGGUCCAGUCCUGCUGCAGGACCAGUACCGCUACCAGCUGCAUGACCCGGUACCGGUUCUGGAAGUUACUGACCUACGUAGCUAUUUUCUGUGAGAUGAUGAGAUUCAGGAAAGCAGAAAUGUGGUGGAAAAACACAGAUUGCAGCGCCCCCUUCAGGAGAGAUUAUAGGUGCCCCAUUGUGCCCCCUUCAGGAGAGAUUAAAGGUGCCCCAUUGUGCCCCCUUCAGGAGAGAUUAAAGGUGCCCCAUUGUGCCCCCUUCAGGAGAGAUUAUAGGUGCCCCAUUGUGCCCCCUUCAGGAGAGAUUAAAGGUGCCCCAUUGUGCCCCCUUCAGGAGAGAUUAAAGGUGCCCCAUUGUGCCCCCUUCAGGAGAGAUUAAAGGUGCCCCAUUGUGCCCCCUUCAGGAGAGAUUAUAGGUGCCCCAUUGUGCCCCCUUCAGGAGAGAUUAAAGGUGCCCCAUUGUGCCCCCUUCAGGAGAGAUUAAAGGUGCCCCAUUGUGCCCCCUUCAGGAGAGAUUAAAGGUGCCCCAUUGCGCCCCCUUCAGGUCUGACUGUGAUCCUUUUCCCUUACAUGUGAAACGCUCUAGGCUUUCAGAUUCCAGCGUGUGUUUCCAUCCGGGGGCUUCAGUUUCAUGGGGAAAAGGUCCUGGUCUGAGGGAAGGACCAACCAGCCUGGGGCUUUGAUAUCUGCAACUACCAGAUACCAAAGGUGACUUUAGCACUAAGGUAAUUAAUUAAAACCUUUUUGCCCCAGUUCUGUAGCUCUGGACCGGUGAAAAAGAGGCGAAUGGAGUGUGACAACAUCAGCAGAACCAGCAGAACAUCAGCAGAACCAGCUGUGCGUUCUCCAUCUUGUUCUGCAGACCAGUUGCAGGAUAUGGAAACCACCGCCACCUCAUUGGGCGCAGGUUUGCAGAAAGAUAUAGAUGGAGCUUAUACUUGUAAAGAAAUAUAUUCAAUUCAAU